CGGCUACCUCAUCUUCCUCCUCGGCACCAUCUGUCUCUCCGAAGCCGUUGAUCCCCUUUCCUCUUCUUCUUUCCUCCGAUUUACUGUGCGGCUUGGAUCGGCGAUCUCCGUCCCUUCUUCGACAGAUCUGGUGCCACCGGAGCUCGGACGGCUACCUUAUCUGACUCCUCGGCACCGUUUGACUCUCCGAAGCCGUUGAUCCCCUUUCCUAGCCCUCUUCCCUCCGCGAUUUACUGUGCGUCGCCGAUCGAGAAGAUCCGCUUCCUCCUCCGCACCUCGUUGCCUCACCUCCUCCGCGCGCGCCUUCGUCUUACUCCUCGGGUUGGCCGACGCCGGCGAUCGCCGUACUCACAAUGUCAUUAUAUUCAACUAUGUUUUCUUCACCUGUGAUAAGCAAUAUGAUGACAAUAUUAGACGAAGAGGAUGCUUAUUGGGAGCAAGUAUUUGUAGUGCUCAUUAAUCAAGGAUACUUGACAUAUAGUAAUACAUCUCAAAAGCGACAAUGUCGUACCAGGCCAUUCACUGGCCAUCAAUUCAUUUGUGAUAUUUUGAAUGGUCAUCCUGAUCGAGGGUAUAAUCAUUUUCGAAUGACGACCACUAUAUUCAUUGCGCUUCGUGAUGAGCUUGUUGGAAGAGGGCUGAUAACUAGCACAAGAAAUAUGACAGCUGACGAACAGUUAGCAAUUUUUCUUUUCUGCGUAGGCCAUGGAGUUGCAAAUAGGGUACUGGCAGAAACUUUUCAACAUUCUGGUGAAACUAUUAGUCGACAUUUUAAUAAUGUUCUUCGCGGAAUUGUUAUGCUGAAAGAUGAUUAUGUAACCCUGCCACCGAGUUAUACUACAGUACAUCCAAGAAUUAGGGAUAAUCCGAAUUUCCAUCCUUUCAAGAAUGCAAUAGGUGCAUUGGACGGUACGCAUAUUCCCGUGGUUGUCCGAAAGAGCAAGCAACCACGAUUUAGGUGUCGCAAAGGAUUUACAUCACAGAAUAUGAUGGCUGCUGUAUCCUUUGAUCAUAUAUUUCUAUUUGUAUGCACAGGAUGGGAAGGUUCAGCAGCUGAUAUGAGAGUAUUAAGAUCGGCAUGCGAAAGUGGAGGGUUUACUAUUCCCGAAGGCAAAUAUUACUUGGUAGAUUCUGGAUAUGCUAAUACUGAUAAAUUUCUUGCGCCAUAUCGCGGAGAGAGAUACCAUAUUAGUUAAUUUGAGGGUAAUACCCGUGGCCGCACACAUCGCAAUCCGCGAGACUUGUAUAAUCAUCGGCAUGCUCAACUACGAAAUGUAGUAGAGAAGACUUUCGGCAUAUUGAAGAAGCGUUUCAAGAUUCUAAAUAUUGCAACUCCAUUCCCUAUAAAGUUCAAUGUCUUAUUGCUAUGGCAUGUUGUGUCAUACACAACUUUAUUCGUCGACAUCACGGAGCUGAUAGAUAUUUUACUGAAGAGCUUGACCCACCGUCUCCUGAAGAUGACGAAGAAGACCUUGGGGAUUUCGGCUUUGCCGCCACAUCGGAGUCACAUCGGGGCGACGAUAUUCGCACUAGUAUUACAGACCAGUUAUGGAAUAGUAGAAGUUAAUUAUCUGGGAGUGUCGUUUGCAUUGGAUUGUAUUAAAUGAGUUUGCUUUCAUGUGUGCUAAUUAUAUGUGUUUAUAUAAAAUAUGUAGACAUAUUUUGCUUUUAUUGCAUA